AUGCCUCCCAAGAAGAAACCUACCAGGGACCGAGCAAGAGCCAAGAAAACCAAAUCUGCACCUGCUAUAGAAGUUCCUGUGGAGAGAGCUGUAGAAGUUCCUGUGGAGAGAGCUGUAGAAACUCCUGUGGAGGAAGCUGUAGAAGUUCCUGUGGAGGAACCUGUAGAAGCACCUGUGGAGGAAGCUGUAGAAGCUCCUGUGGAGAGAGCUGUAGAAGGUCCUGUGGAGGAAGCUGUAGAAGGUCCUGUAGAGGAAGUUGAAGAAGCUCCUGUGGAGGAAGCUGUAGAAGUUCUUAUGGAGGAGGCUGUAGAAGCUCCUGUGGAGAGAGCUGUAGAAGUUCCUGUUGAGGAAGCUGUAGAAGUUCCUGUGGAGAGAGCUGUAGAAGUUCCUGUGGAGAGAGCUGUAGAGGUUCCUGUGGAGAGAGCUGUAGAAGGUCCUGUAGAGGAAGUUGUAGAAGGUCCUGUGGAGAGAGCUGUAGAAGUUCCUGUGGAGAGAGCUGUAGAAGGUCCUGUGGAGAGAGCUGUAGACACCCCUGUGGAGAGAGCUAUAGAAGCCCCUGUGGAGAGAGCUGUAGAGGUUCCUGUGGAGGAAGCUGUAGACGCUCCUGUGGAGGAAGCUGUAGAAGCUCCUGUGGAGGAAGCAGUAGAAGUUCCUGUGGAGGAAGCUAAAGCUGUAGAAGUUCCUGUGGAGAGAGCUGUAGAAGUUCUAGUGGAGGGGGCUGUAGAAGCUCCUGUGGAGAGAGCUGUAGAAGGUCCUGUGGAGGGAGCUGUAGAGGUUCCUGUGGAGAGAGCUGUAGAAGCCCCUGUGGAGAGAAAUGUAGAGGUUCCUGUGGAGGAAGCUGUAGACGCUCCUGUGGAGGAAGCUGUAGAAGCUCCUGUGGAGGAAGCAGUAGAAGUUCCUGUGGAGAGAGCUGUAGAAGGUCCUGUGGAGGGAGCUGUAGAGGUUCCUGUGGAGAGAGGUGUAGAAGGUCCUGUGGAGAGAGCUGUAGAGGUUCCUGUGGAGAGAGCUGUAGAAGCCCCUGUGGAGAGAGCUGCAGACGCUCCUGAGGAAGAAGCUGUAGAAGCUCCUGUGGAGGAAGCAGUAGAAGUUCCUGUGGAUGAAGCUGUAGCAGCUCCUGUGCAGGAAGCUGUAGAAGUUCCUGUGGAGAGAGCUGUAGAUGUUCCUGUGGAGAGAGCUGUAGAAGUUCUUGUGGAGGGGGCUGAAGCUGUAGAAGCUCCUGUGGAGAGAGCUGUAGAAGCCCCUGUGGAGGAAGCUGUAGAAGCUCCUGUGGAGGAAGCUGUAGAAGCUCCUGUGGAGGAAGCAGUAGACGUUCCUGUGGAGGAAGCAGUAGACGUUCCUGUGGAAGAAGCUGUACAAGUUCCUGUGGAGAGAGCUGUAAAAGCUCCUGUGGAGGAAGUUGUAGAAGUUGCUGUGGAGAGAGCUGUGGAAGUUCCUGUCGAGGAAGCCGUAGAGGCUCAUGUGGAUGAAGCAGUAGAAGUUCCUGUCGAGGAAGCUGUAGAAGCUCCUGUGGAGGAAGCUGAAGCUGUAGAAGGUCCUGUAGAGGAAGUUGAAGAAGCUCCUGUGGAGGAAGCAGUAGACGUUCAUGUGGAGGAAGGUGUAGAAGUUCCUGUGGAGAGAGCUGUAAAAGCUCCUGUGGAGGAAGUUGUAGAAGUUGCUGUGGAGAGAGCUGUAGAAGUUCCUGUCGAGGAAGCUGUAGAGGCUCAUGUGGAUGAAGCAGUAGAAGUUCCUGUCGAGGAAGCUGUAGAAGCUCCCGUGGAUAGAGCUGUAGAAGGUCCUGUGGAGGAAGCUGUAGAAGCUCCUGUGGAGGAAGCUGUAGAAGCUCCUGUGGAUAAAGCUGUAGAAGGUCCUGUGGAGGAAGCUGUAGAAGAGGAAGUUGAAGAAGUUCCUGUGGAGGGAGCUGUAGAAGUUCCUGUGGAGAGAGCUGUAGAAGGUCCUGUGGAGGAAGCUGUAGAAGGUCCUGUAGAGGAAGUUGAAGAAGCUCCUGUGGAGAGAGAUGUAGACGCCCCUGUGGAGAGAGCUGUAGAAGGUCCUAUGCAGGAGGCUGUAGAAGCUCCUGUGGAGAGAGCUAUAGAAGUUCCUGUGGAGGAAGGUGUAGAAGCUCCCGUGGAGGAAGCUGUAGAAGCUCCUGUGGAGGAAGCUGUAGAAGUUCCUGUGGAGUGA